AAAGGCCCAAGCAGCGGCAAAAGAGAAGCCUCCGCGAGGCCCCAACGCUCUCUCUGGUCGCAAUGCUCUGCCGUCUCCUCUCCCUGCUGCUCCUGGCCGCCCUCCUCGCCGCCGCGGCUGGGCACGGGGAUUCCUCCGCGUCCUCAUGCCCCUUCCACGGCGGCCACGACGAGGAGCCCCACGAGCACCAUGACCACGGGCACAGCUGCGGGGGCGCCCUCGACGAUUCCAAUCACGAGCACCACCACCACCACAGCCACCAUCACCGCGACGAGAUCCAGCGGCUGCUUCCCGAGGAACUGGCCGAGGAGGCGGAUCUCGAGCUCGAGGGCUUCGACCACGACCACCAUCACCACCAUGAUCACCACCACGACCACAUCCACCGCGAUUUCCAGCCAGAGUCAACACCCAUGGGCGUGUGGCUGAGAGCGAUGGGGUGCUCGCUGCUGGUUAGCAUGGCGUCGCUCGUCUGCCUCAUCCUCCUCCCAGUAAUCUUGUUUCAGGGGAAACCGUCGAAGGCCGUUGUGGAUGCACUUGCAGUGUUUGGGGCAGGCGCAAUGCUUGGAGAUUCAUUCCUUCAUCAACUGCCUCAUGCUUUUGGUGGAGGGCACUCUCAUUCACACAAUCAUGAGGAUCAUGAUCAUGCUCAUGAGCAGUCACAUGCACACUCCCUGAAAGAUCUUUCUGUUGGCUUGUCUAUUUUAUUUGGAAUUGUAUUGUUCUUUAUUGUCGAGAAGAUUGUGAGGUACGUUGAGGACAAUUCUCAAAGGGGGGGUCAUAGCCAUGGGCACCAUCAUCACCAUCAUAAGCGACAAGACAUUAGUGAUAAGGCCAAGUCGGGUCACAUAAAAAGUGACGAUGAGGGUAAAGACACAGAUCAAGUGCAACAAAAUUCUUUGCAUGAUGGCGCAACUGGAAAAAUGAUAGAUGCUGAAAAUGAGCAAGAGUCAAAUGCUACUAAGGAAGCCGUUUUAGGAUCACAGAGAUCAGGUUUGGACGUGGUGCCUGGUGCCACCGACAGAGAGCCUAUCAAUUCUGAAACUAAUCCUGCCCCUGGCAAAACAUUAUCGAGUGAAGAUCCCUCUGUUUCAAACUCCAACCUCGUGUUUGGCUACCUCAAUCUUUUCUCAGAUGGUGUUCAUAACUUCACUGAUGGGAUGGCUCUUGGAAGUGCUUUUCUGCUACAUGGUUCUGUUGGAGGAUGGUCUAGAACUUUAUUUCUGCUCGCUCAUGAACUUCCUCAAGAGAUUGGGGAUUUUGGGAUUCUGGUUCGCUCAGGAUUCACCGUAACUAAAGCCCUGUUUUUCAACUUUCUCUCUGCGCUGGUUGCUCUGGGUGGGACAGCACUGGCACUGUCGUUGGGAACGGAUCCAGGACAUUCCUCUUUGAUUGAGGGAUUUACUGCUGGUGGUUUUAUUUACAUUGCUGUUGCCGGAGUUCUCCCACAGAUGCACGAUCAGAAAACUACGCCAAGCAACUCGAUGUGUCAGUUGAUUUUCCUGACAAUGGGAAUGCUGGUCGCUCUUGGCAUAUCUUUGGUAGAAUGAUUUGGGCAUCCACUUCUCUGUAGCUUUAGCGCUGAGAUGCACUUACAUUAUAGUCUGGUGAAAUUUUCAACUACAGCCGAGAAUAUGAUUUCUGUCGAUAUUGUGGCUCAAAAAAAUAGCAGAACUUUGUUGCCGACUAAAUUAACUUCACUUGCAUCACUAGUAUCAUCGAUAAUUUAAUAUAGGCCUUGUAAACUUUA